GUAUAAAUACUUAAACAUUGUUUGCAUUCUAUAUCAUACAUCACCCGUACUUGCAUUACCUCGAGAAAAAACCGUUGUCGAAAGACAAUGGCCAGCUUGGUUUGCCUUGUUCAUCAUCUGGCCUUUCUCUUCUUUGCUUCUUGUUUUGGCUUAAUCUCAUUUUCUGCAGAAGCUGCCAUAAAGAGAUAUCAGUUUGAUGUUCAAGUGCAAAAUGUAAGUAGAUUAUGCCAUGCAAAACCAAUUGUCACUGUAAAUGGGAAGUUUCCGGGUCCAACCAUAUAUGCACAAGAAGGAGAUCGGGUUCUUGUCAACGUUACAAACCUUGCACAAUAUAACAUGUCGAUUCACUGGCAUGGACUGAAGCAGUAUCGAAGCGGCUGGGCGGACGGCCCUGCUUACAUUACACAAUGUCCUAUCCAGAGAGGGAGUAGCUAUACCUAUGAUUUCAAUGUCACGGGACAAAGAGGCACAUUAUGGUGGCAUGCACACAUUCUUUGGCUAAGGGCUACAGUUUAUGGUGCAAUUGUCAUCUUGCCCAAGCAAGGAACUCCAUAUCCAUUCCCACAGCCAAACAGAGAAUUUGAAAUUCUUCUGGGAGAAUGGUGGAAUAAGGAUGUAGAGGCAGUUGUCAACCAAGGAUCCAGCAUGGGCGUGCCACCAAAUAUGUCUGAUGCUCACACAAUCAAUGGCAAGCCAGGGCCGCUCUUCCCUUGCUCGGAAAAACAUACUUUUGCUAUGGAGGUUGAAGCAGGAAAGAUUUACCUCCUGAGAAUAAUCAAUGCUGCCCUCAACGACGAGCUUUUCUUUGCCAUCGCCGGUCACAACCUGACGGUUGUAGAGGUCGAUGCAGUUUACACAAAACCAUUCACAACACAAGCUAUACUAAUUGCACCUGGACAGACCACAAAUGUCUUGGUACAAGCCAACCAAGCGCCCAAUAGAUACUUCAUGGCUUCCAGGCCAUUCAUGGACGUUCCGAUUCCCGUGGACAACAAAACAGCCACCGGUAUUCUCCAAUACAAAGGCAUCCCUAACACAAUCCUCCCGAUCCUUCCCCAGUUACCGGCCUCAAAUGACACAUCAUUUGCUUUGAGCUAUAACAAGAAGCUCAAAAGCUUAAACUCACCUCAAUAUCCUGCUAAUGUUCCACUCAAAGUUGAUAGAAAGCUCUUCUACACAAUCGGUUUGGGCAAAAACGCUUGCCCCAGUUGUCUAAAUGGAACCCAAUUCGUUGCUUCAUUAAACAACAUCUCUUUUGUGAUGCCCCAAAUUGGUCUUCUUCAAGCUCAUUACUUCAAUAUCAGUGGGGUAUUUAGAACUGAUUUCCCAGAUAGACCUCCGACUCCAUUCAACUAUACUGGAGUACCACUGACUGCUAAUUUGAGAACUGCAGUAGGCACAAGGCUUAGCAAGAUUGCGUUCAAUUCUACAGUUGAGCUGGUACUUCAGGACACUAAUCUUCUCACUGUCGAGUCGCAUCCAUUCCACCUCCAUGGCUACAACUUUUUCGUCGUUGGAACGGGAAUUGGAAACUUCAAUCCAGCCAAAGAUCCAGCCAAGUACAAUUUGGUCGAUCCCGUCGAAAGAAACACAGUUGGAGUUCCCACUGGAGGAUGGACUGCUAUCCGAUUUAGAGCCGAUAAUCCAGGAGUCUGGUUCAUGCAUUGUCAUCUCGAGGUCCAUACAGGAUGGGGUCUGAAAACAGCAUUUGUGGUUGAAAACGGACCUGGAAAAGAUCAAACGGUCCUUCCGCCACCAAAGGAUCUUCCACCGUGCUAGCCUCCGUAUCUGUCAACACAGCAACAAAAGGAGAAGAAAGAAAAUGCAGUGUACUUUUUGUUCCUGCUCAAGUUGCAGGAAAUUUCUUUAAAACUCAAAAAUUAUAAUAAAAUGCCAAAAAUAUUGUAUA